UCACCCUUAGGGUGGCCUCUGGGCCCACCUCCUUUGCUCUGGAGUGGCUGGGCCCUCUCUGCUGCACAAGAGGCAAGGGGACUCUCUUGAAAAGCGGAAGGCUCAGCCUGCCCGUGGUUUGAGGGGGAGGAAAGCUCUACUGAGGGCUGAAAAAAUGAGGAACAUUGUCUAGGCAGUACCCACCUGGAGAAGGUCAUUGCCUUUGCUGGGUGCAUGGAAAGAGGAUCUGGAACAGGUGGGGGUUUCCAGCCUGCUCCCCCCUGAUUUCCUGGGAAGGAAGGUGUGCAGGGGCUGCCGCAGGCCCAGCCAGAGCAGACUUGCUGCCUCCUCAGCCUUUGGGGUGAGUGGAUUUCCUGGGCCGCUCCCUGACUCUAGAGGGCUGGGAGUGUAGACUGCAGGCCUGGGCUGGUAUUGCAACCCCAAAUCUUUCCCUGGACCUUAGUCGAUGACCAGAUCUCCUGUUUGCUGCCCCUAGGUCCCCAAUCACCGCAUCGGACCCAUCAGGAGGUGGGGAGGGUCCUACGCAAAGCUCAGUUCAGGGCUGUGGCAAGCCCCACAUUUUCCCCAGUGAAACCAUGACCUCUGCGGUUAGGUGGACUGGGGGCCUUCGGUGCUGUCCAGGAAUAGUAGAUUUGAACUCAGGUGACAAGUCCCAGGGAGGGCGUGGCCUCCAUCGGGGGCGGGUCCGAACCCCUCGAAGUCCACCACACCUGGAAACCCUUCCUGGGCAACAGUGACUCACAAAGCUGGCCACAGCCGGUCAAGGCCACCUGGGCCGGCGCCUGGAAGGCCCAGGUCACAAAGGCCACUCGGCCCGAGCGCUGGGGAGGCAUGUCCCACGACGGCUCUGCGAGCUGCUCGCCCCCGCAGCCGUCCACCGGGCUGGGCCUGGGCCUCCCUGGGCGCCCCCAGCCCGGGCUCUGGGCGGCAGGCCCGGCGCUGUAGCCUGGGCGCCCAUGUGUCUCGUGUGCUUCGUGAAGGCGCUGAUGCACGUGUUCAAGAUCUACCUGACCGCCAACUACACCUACAACUUCCGCAGCUGGCCGGUGGACUUCCGCUGGGAUGACGUGUGCGCGGCGGGCAGAGGCAGCAGGCACGGGGCGCUGAUGUGUGCGGCGGCGGCCGCGGGCGUGUGGCUGCUGCGGGACUCGGCGCUGGGCGGGCACUUGGGUCGGCCGCCGCGGGGGGCGCGCAGCCAGACUCAGUGCCUGCUGCAGCAGAUCCGCGAGCUGCCCGGCCAGCUGGCGAGCUACGCGCUGGCGCACUCGCUGGGCCGCUGGCUGGUGUACCCGGGCUCCAUGUUCCUCAUGACACGCGCGCUGCUGCCGCUGCUGCAGCAGGGCCAGGAGCGCCUGGUGGAGCGCUACCGCGGCCGGCGCGCCAAGCUGGUGGCCUGCGACGGCAACGAGAUUGACACCAUGUUCAUGGACCGCCGCCAGCAGCCGGGCAGCCACGGCCGCGGCCUGCGCCUGGUCAUCUGCUGCGAGGGCAAUGCCGGCUUCUACGAGAUGGGCUGCCUGUCGGCGCCGCUGGAGGCCGGCUACUCGGUGCUGGGCUGGAACCACCCGGGCUUUGGGGGCAGCACGGGCGCGCCCUUCCCUCAGCAUGACGCCAACGCCAUGGACGUGGUGGUCAAGUACGCGCUGCACCGCCUGCACUUCCCGCCCGCGCACGUGGUGGUUUAUGGCUGGUCCAUCGGUGGCUUCACGGCCACCUGGGCCACCAUGAUGUACCCAGAGCUGGGCGCGCUCGUGCUCGACGCCACCUUCGACGACCUGGUGCCGCUCGCCCUCAAGGUCAUGCCCCACAGCUGGAAGGGGCUGGUGGUGCGCACCGUGCGCGCACACUUCAAUCUCAACGUGGCGGAGCAGCUGUGCCGCUACCCGGGGCCAGUGCUGCUGCUACGGCGCACGCAGGACGACGUGGUCAGCACCUCGGGCCACCUGCGCCCCCUGCCGGCCGGCGACGUGGAGGGCAACCGCGGCAACGAACUGCUCCUGCGCCUGCUGCAGCACCGCUACCCGACAGUGAUGGCGCGCGAGGGCCUGGCGGUGGUCACCCGCUGGCUGCACGCUGGCAGCCCAGCGCAAGAGGCCGCUUACUACGCUCGCUACCGCGUAGACGACGAGUGGUGCCUGGCGCUGCUGCGCUCCUACCAUGGCAGCUGUGAAGAGGAGGAGGGCGAGGAGGCCUGGGGGCCGCACGGGCUCCCCUUCCCCUGGCUGGUGGGCCAGAGCCUGAGCGCGCGGCGCCGCCGGCAACUUGCACUCUUCCUGGCUCGCAAACACCUCAAGAACUUGGAGUCUACGCACUGCAGUCCCUUGGAACCAGAGGACUUUGAGUUGCCCUGGAGGCUGUAGCCCGCUCCCCAGCAGUGGCCAGCAGUCGGUUUCCUUUCCUCCACCCUGAGCCAAUAAAGCUGGCCCUGCCUGGGGA